GUUAACUUCCAUGAAUGUCCUCGGAUUCGCAUGUGCGGGUAAUCUUUGUGCGACUUUGCAUGCCGCUGGCUGUUGCACCUGAAAAUGGGGGUGACAUCUUCUAAGAUGGAAGAUGACAAGGUCCUUGUGUUAUGCCAGGAGAGGAAGCGUUUUGUAAGAGAGGCACUUGAUAGACGAUGCGCUCUUGCAUCUACUCACUACGAUUAUAUAGUAUCGCUUAAAGACACAGGUUCUCUUCUGAAAAAAUGUUUUGAAGGAGAUAAUGGUGCUGCAAAUGAGGAUGAUUUUGCAGAUUCAGAUCCAUCCACUGAAACAUUUGAGCAGGUGGCCAAGAACCGUAGUACUUCAACAGAACAGUCAACCGCAUAUCAUGCCUCAAAAAGUGUAGCUUCAGAAAAUAUUGCUUCAGCAUACAGCCUCAAACACAAGAGCAGAGUAUUAGAUGUUAUUACAAAUGAAAAUGAUGAAAUUCCUGCCCUGACCCUAGUUAAUGUGGUGUCAUCUUCUGCGACUACUCGUCACAUGGACUCCAAGGAACCUUAUCCUGAUGUAAGCAAUGUGGUGAGGGACUUAUCUUUAUGCAUGAAAGAGAUUGAGAUAUUAUUCUUUAGGGCAGGUGAUUCUGGAGAACAAGUCCCUAUGAUUCUGGAAGAAGAUAAAAUCCAGUUCCGCCCUCUGCUAUCUGAAGAAAUAGCACAUGGAUCAAAUGCAUCAAAUUUUCUUGCAACAUUUUUCAUCUGCUGCAAAGAGGAGGUUUCUGUUCCUGAACCUCCUCCUCAAGCUGAGAUAAAGUAUCUUACCUGGCAUAGAUCGGUGUCUUCACAGUUGUCGCCAUCAAAAAAUCCUGCUGGACAUAUUCUUGACAUCCAUACAUCAACGCUAGAUAGAUUGUAUGCCUGGGAAACGAAGCUUUAUGAUGAAGUUAAGGCCAGCAGCUCCAUCUGCAAGAAGUAUGAUGAGAAAUGCAAGCAACUGAGCGACCAGGAGUCACGAGGGAAAAAUCAGAUCAUUACUGAUUUUACCCGUGCUACUGUAAAAGACUUGCAUUCCAGAGUCCUAGUGGCUAUUCAGAAAAUAGACUUCAUUUCUAAGAACAUAGAAGAUCUCAGGGAUAAAGAGCUUCAACCACAGCUGGAUAAACUAAUUGAGAAUUUAACCAGGAUGUGGGCAACCAUGCUUCAGUGCCAUCGGCGUCAACAUGCGGUCAUCAAGUUACUAUCCAGCAGGUGCAAACUAGAAAUACCACUCGACUCCGAGUCUCAAUGCCAAGCUGCCCUUCUCCUAUCGGUUGAGCUCAGCAAACUUUGCUUGAACUUCCAAAAUUGGAUUGCGUCACACAAGGCUUACCUACACAGCCUAAACUUGUGGCUGCACAAGUGCAUGAAACCUCUGAAGAAGAGGAAGGGCUCCAGGAAGCAGAACGUCGUCGACGUUACACUAACAGAGUGUGCAGUUGCUCCCAUAUUUACAACUUGCGAGAUCUGGAUAAAGUUACUGGAGGAUUUACCGACCCAAGACUUGGAAGAAGCUAUCGAGGGUCUAACUGCAGAUAUAAGAAGACAUUUGCCACGCCAUUUGAAUCAAGGCCUCGAUCAGACGUUAAAUGAUGAGGAAGGGGUCCCUAGAAAUUAUACCACUGCAGAUAUACAGUCAAAUCUCGUGACAUUCAUAGCGAAGCUUGAAGCCUUUUCAGAAAAUUCAGUACAGAAAUACAUUGAUCUGCAGAAAGGCAUCGGUGCAGCUAAAGACAGGCUUCUGAGAGGGGCUUGAAGCAGUGAGUCCAAGUAACUCAGCUGGGUGAACAGCUACUUGAUGAAUCACUCUUAAUUUGACAGUCAAGUAAAGAAAUAAAUGCUAGCUUCUGGUGUAAAUAUGAAUUUUGCUGGCUGUAGCCAAAAAUAGAAAUCUGUAUAUGCCAUUUUCUGUCAACUGGAGAGACAGCAAAGUAUGGGGACAGCAUGCAUGGUUCAAACUUGUGGUACUGUAACUAAAUCUUUUUUCCAGAAUACAUAAAAUAGUACUAC